AUGGAGGACUAUAUAAACUACAAUACUACCAGUGUAGUUAAUUCAACAUAUUAUGACGAUUUAUACUAUGACAGUAGUUUGGAUAGUUGCCAGUUCAAUGCGAUGGAACCGUACAGGGACUACACUCAGGUUGGUUGGGUGUCCGCAAUUAUGACAUUUGCCUACGUCCUGGUUGCUACGCUGGCGUUGCUAGGUAACCUAUUGGUGAUCUGGACGGUGUGGCGGAACUCGCACAUGCAAACGGUGACUAACUACUACAUCGUGAACCUUGCCAUUUCCGACCUGCUCGUGGCGGCGCUUGUCAUGCCGCUUAAGCUGCUAGAGUACCGCGCCGAGUGCGAGUGGCACAUCUUCCGGAGCGAUGGGCUCUGCUCCGUCGUCUACUACCUACUUCCGUUAUUCGUGUUUGCCAGCGUCCUGACGCUCGUCGCCAUAUCUAUUGAAAGGUACUACGCCAUUGUUCAUCCGUUGUCAGUAAUGAAAGUAAGCAGCAAGUCGCGGACUCGUAAGAUCCUCGCUAUCACGUGGGUUAUCCCGAUCCUGGUGGCGUCCCCGUUUGUCUUCAGCAGAAGUCUGCCCUUCUCCAUACACAGCGAGCUUGGAUCUAUUUCAAGAGAAAUCUGUAAUGACCGUUUUAAUGAAAUUGACAUUGCCUUGUCUGGCGACUCUGAACACACAGGGGAAUUUCGAAGAGGCUACUUCCUGUUUCUCUUCUUUGUCAUGUAUUUGACUCCCAGUGCUGUUAUUUUUAUCACUUGUGUGAAGAUUGCCAUUAGUAUUGUACAACCAAUUAUUGUGGAAAACUCCAUUUACGGACGAAAAGAUACUAGAAGAAGACAGGAGGAAAGCAAACGAAAGGUGGCUCGGAUGGUGGUCGUUAUCGCCAUGACGUUUAUCAUCUCCUGGUUGCCCCACUACCUGGUCAGCAUCAUCAGUCAGCUCCAGCCAAAUAGCUUUCUGCGGGAGGGCCAAUACAUAUUCACCAUGCUUGUAACUCAUCUCUGUGGCUUUGUGAACAGUUGUCUUAACCCUAUCAUUUAUUCAGUCAUGAGCCAAAGGUUUAGACGCAGUUUCAAAGACAGUUUAGUUCGUAUUUUAUACUGCUGCACAUGUCGAUCGUUCGGACCAUACAGGAUGAGGUAUGGUCAGUCACAGAGGUUUACGUCAACAUUUCGACAAACGCUAUCCGAGACUGACCCGAACCACCUCGCUAUGAAUGACCACAUAUACAGGAAUACCAUCAUGUCAAAAGGCAAUAUCGGAACUGACUCGGACGUUCGGGAGUUAAAAGAAGAGGAAACGAACAUUAUGAAGAAGUAUAUAUUCAAAAACAAUGAACACGUUUGUAAAACUGAAGGUAUCGUUGUAUGA